UUGGCGCUGCUGCUGCUGCUGCUGCUGCAACCUCCCUGUCUGGAGGAUUUGGGUGUCUCAGUUGAGCUUCUUUUGCCCGGUCCUUCUGCCCCCCCCCCUCCACUCGUUCCACCCUCCCCGACCCCGACACUUUCCUUCCGCUACGGGUCGCAUCUGGGGGCGGCCGGGUCGAGAGGAGCGACACGGCCGGGCCUCCCCUUCUCUCUCCUCCUCCUCCUCCUCCUCCUCCCCGUCCCCGUCCCCCCUCUUGGCCCCCUCCUCCUCCUCCUCCUCUCCCUCAGCGCUUCGAUCCAAGAUGGCGGCGCUGAGCAGCAGCGGCAGCGCUGAGGGGGCAUCGCUUUUCAACGGGGACAUGGAACCCGAGCCGCCUCCGCCCGGGCCCUCCUACGCCGGGGGUAGCGGCAGCGCCGGAGGCGACUCUGCCAUCCCGGAGGAGGUGUGGAAUAUCAAACAGAUGAUUAAGUUAACCCAAGAACAUAUAGAAGCUCUAUUAGACAAAUUUGGAGGAGAACACAAUCCACCCUCGAUCUAUUUGGAAGCAUACGAGGAAUACACCAGCAAGUUAGAUGCAUUACAACAGAGAGAGCAACAAUUGUUGGAAUCAAUGGGAAAUGGAACUGAUUUUUCUGUCUCCAGUUCUGCCUCAACAGAAACAGUUACUUCUUCUUCUUCUUCUAGUCUUUCUGUAGCACCUUCAUCACUCUCUGUAUAUCAGAAUCCUAUAGAUUUAUCACGGAGUAACCCUAAAUCUCCUCAGAAGCCUACUGUUAGAGUUUUCCUACCUAACAAACAGAGGACUGUGGUUCCAGCACGAUGUGGAGUAACAGUCCGGGAGAGUCUAAAGAAAGCUUUGAUGAUGCGAGGUCUUAUCCCAGAGUGCUGUGCUGUUUACCGUAUACAGGAUGGGGAAAAGAAGCCCAUUGGUUGGGACACAGACAUUUCCUGGUUGACGGGAGAAGAACUACAUGUGGAAGUCUUGGAGAAUGUGCCUCUUACGACACAUAAUUUUGUACGGAAGACAUUCUUCACUUUAGCGUUCUGCGACUUCUGUAGAAAGUUGCUUUUCCAGGGAUUUCGUUGCCAGACCUGUGGUUACAAAUUUCAUCAGCGUUGCAGUACUGAAGUGCCACUAAUGUGUGUGAAUUAUGAUCAGCUUGAUUUACUUUUUGUCUCCAAAUUCUUUGAACAUCAUCCAAUACCACCAGAAGAGACCUCUGUAGGGGAGGCCACAUCGGCAUAUGGAUCAUACUCUUCAGUAGCCCUUUCAGAUUCUUCCGGCCCACCAAUUCUCCCCAGUCCGUCUCCUUCAAAAUCCAUUCCAAUACCUCAACCAUUCCGACCUGCAGAUGAAGACCAUCGAAAUCAGUUUGGUCAACGUGAUCGCUCAUCAUCUGCCCCCAACGUGCACAUCAAUACAAUAGAGCCAGUCAAUAUUGAUGACUUGAUUAGAGAUCAAGGGUUGCGAGGAGAGGGAGCCCCUAUGAACCAGCUGAUGCGCUGCCUUCGGAAAUACCAAUCCCGGACUCCCAGUCCCCUCCUCCAUUCUGUCCCCAGUGAGAUAGUGUUUGAUUUUGAGCCUGGCCCAGUGUUCAGAGGCUCAACUACAGGAUUGUCUGCCACACCACCUGCGUCUUUACCUGGAUCUCUCACUAAUGUGAAAGCAUUACAGAAAUCCCCAGGGCCUCAGAGAGAGAGGAAGUCCUCGUCAUCUUCUGAAGACCGAACUAGAAUGAAAACCCUAGGUCGACGAGAUUCAAGUGAUGACUGGGAGAUACCAGAUGGCCAGAUCACAGUUGGACAAAGGAUAGGCUCUGGUUCAUUUGGGACAGUCUAUAAAGGGAAAUGGCAUGGUGAUGUUGCAGUGAAAAUGUUGAAUGUUACAGCUCCCACCCCUCAGCAGCUACAGGCUUUUAAAAAUGAAGUAGGAGUUCUCAGGAAAACACGACAUGUGAAUAUAUUACUUUUCAUGGGUUAUUCAACAAAGCCACAGCUGGCUAUAGUUACACAGUGGUGUGAAGGGUCCAGUCUUUAUCACCAUCUACACAUCAUUGAGACUAAAUUUGAAAUGAUAAAGCUGAUUGAUAUUGCACGCCAGACAGCACAAGGAAUGGAUUACUUGCAUGCCAAGUCUAUCAUCCACAGAGACCUCAAGAGUAAUAAUAUAUUUCUUCAUGAAGAUCUCACGGUAAAAAUAGGUGAUUUUGGUCUAGCAACAGUGAAGUCACGAUGGAGUGGAUCCCACCAGUUUGAACAGUUGUCUGGAUCUAUUCUAUGGAUGGCACCUGAAGUUAUUAGGAUGCAAGAUAAAAAUCCAUAUAGCUUUCAAUCAGAUGUGUACGCGUUUGGAAUUGUCCUUUAUGAACUGAUGACUGGGCAGUUGCCAUAUUCCAACAUCAACAAUAGGGACCAGAUUAUAUUUAUGGUGGGACGAGGUUAUCUUUCUCCGGAUCUCAGCAAAGUGCGAAGCAAUUGUCCCAAAGCCAUGAAGAGACUAAUGGCAGAAUGCUUGAAAAAAAAAAGAGACGAAAGGCCUCUCUUCCCCCAGAUCCUUGCAUCUAUUGAGCUUCUAGCCCGGUCAUUGCCAAAAAUUCACCGCAGCGCAUCUGAACCCUCCUUGAACCGGGCUGGUUUCCAAACAGAGGAUUUUAGCUUAUAUGCUUGCACGUCUCCAAAAACACCUAUCCAGGCAGGGGGAUACGGCGAAUUUGCAGCGUUCAAGUAGCCACAGCAUCAUUGGCAGCAAAUCCACUCUUUAUUUUUAAAGUCUUGUGUUCCGACCGUUUCUUUUUAGAAUAUUCAGACUCGCUUGUGCUCCUCUAAACACUGCAGUUUAGAAAAACUAUAGAUCUGUACACUUCGAUCAGAUCAGAAGGGAGCUCCCAAUCCAACCUUGGGUGGAAGGGAAAAGCUCUUGUUUGGGACAAGCGCUUUCCGCUGCCUCUGUGUCCCCCUCCAACAAAAGUCAUGUGCAUUUGAAGAUCUCUAGUGGCUGCCUGUACCGUUGGCAUCAUUCCCAGGAAAGAGGGAGGGCUGCGCUUUGACUUUCUGGUGCUGUGGCAUGAUGAAGUUGGAACUCCUUCUGCAUCAUAGGCUUGGGAUGAUCUGCUGGCCGGCUUUCUCCCUCUAACAACGAUUCAUCAGAGGCUGAACAUCUGAUGAGACAGAGCUAAUCAAAACAAUCAUCCUCUGGUUUGAUUUUAUUUUGUGUGUGUGUUUCCUUCCUGGUGUGCUUACUGAUCAACAAAAUAAGUGCGGUGUUUCCUUUUCAAUUGAACUUCGCUCUUUUGAUUUCACAAAAAGAACAUUCAGUUCGAAGAGUCAGUCAGAGUCAUUUGAAAAGGAAAGGCGAUUCUGCACUUUCCAGAAUUGCUUUUACCUCCUAUUCAGAGCCAUCCUUUUCCCCAUCUUUUCCUUUUUGUAUACUUUUGGAAUGGGUUAGGAGCCCUUAUUUUGUCGGUCCAGCAACAAAUGUUUUUACAAAACUGUAGCAAAGCUCAACAUGCGUGGCUUUCUUUUCAUUUUGUAUCGCGAAUCUGAAUCUGUGUUUUGUGUGUUGAACUUUUUGGGGUUGCCCAGAAAGUCUAAUACAGACUAUGAAUAACAAGUGUACCUAUUUUAAAAGGUACAAGGUAGUGUCAGGUACCUAACGUUUCAUAAGCAGACAUUCUCAGGUUGAAUUGAAUAUAUUUCAAAAAUUAAACUCAGCCACAACCUUCCCAAAAAUUAGACAUUCCAAAAAAAAAAAAAUGUGCUUUGGUACUUUUUUUAAAAAAAGCAGAACUUUUAAUCAUGUUAACUCAGCAAACUGUGAAUGAAUAUUGUGUGCAUGAGAGAGAGAAAAUGCAGCAAAUUGGCUUUAAUGGCAGUUUGCUGUUUCUUUUGUUGUUGUUUUUCUAUACAAAUGGUACUUGCUGGAUCAACACUACUCACCUUGCCUAUCCUCACCUUUUCCCAUGCAAUUUCUUUUCUUGCCCUUAUUUUGUAUCCUUGGUGAUUCCAUUUUGGUUUUCUCUUUAUGCCUUGCCCUUAAAUCUAAUUUGCAAAAUGAUUUCCAGUUCUUGUUAUUAUCCAAACAAGAUAAAAUGAUACAAAAAUCAGAUGUUAGGUUAUUUCUAGUAGAAUUAUGAAACUAUAUGAAUUAUGAAGUAAGCAGAAUUCUCUAUGGUGUGGUGAUUUUCCUUUUUUGGAAAAGGAUAGUUGUGUGCCACUGGAAGAGAAUUCAUAAGAAAAGACGCCUUAUUACUCUGUCCUGCCCUAUAUUGAUAGGUAGGAGGCUGGAAUAGCCCCUGUACUAGCAUAAUUUCUAGUGGAUGAAACUAGAUUAUCUAUGAAAAAGUCAAAAUUCAGUGUUCACAUGUUGAUUCUCCAAUACUGUAGAGCUGUUACUAAAAAAGACAACAAAAUAUUAUUUUUUAGCAAAGCUUUGUUCAUAAAACUUGGGUUUAAAAAAAACAUAUUACCUUCAUGGUAAAGGAACUAUGUAGUGUAUUUGAUUUUUUUUUUAAUUGAACCAAGGUUCUUACAGAAAUGGAAGCAAGAGGCGGUAAUGAAAAAAUAUUAUGUAUUCAGACACUAACAGGAUAGUGAGUAAAAUUGCUUGGUAUUAUUUCAGGGAAGAUGCAUUUCUGCAUAAGCAUCACUGAACUGAAAUGAAGUGAUGCAGGAAGUUAUAGAUGUGUUCUUGGAUGACUCCUUUUCACUUCAGUGAUUGGUCUGGUUUGAGAAAGCUUUCUAAGAAUUUAUUCAAAACAAUGAGAUUAAAACAACUUGUGUCAUCUUCCAAAAAGUAUAUAAGAUUUGUUACAAAUGUAAAGCACAACUCUAAUGGUGGUCUGCAGUAAUUUUUAAAUUUUCAGAAUACAGAUUCUCUUUUCAACUCUUACCAGUUCCACUGCCCUCCUCAUGGCCACCCACUGUCAGUAAUGUGUCCUAAAGGGUGACUAUCAUACGCAGUAAGUUGAAGCAUGUAUAUUGUUUUUUGAAGACAGGAAAACUACAAGAAAUCUUUGCUGUCCUCCUAAAUUCAUGCAGAGAAAAUAUGAUAAAGUAGUAAACUCCUUGAAGCCAAUUCUUCUCAGAUCACAAUAACAUUGAUUUAUUAUUAGAUUUAUAUCCCACUUUUAUUCUGUACAGCUCAAGAUGACAUAUAGCAUGCUGGGCAACAAAGAAUACUUUUGGCUCCAUAACACUCAAUAUAGACCAGUGUGGAUCAUUUGCUAAGGAAUAUUGAGCUACCUCAUAUUCUGUUGAUUGAUGGCAGGCAGAACCAACAUUCUUUCAGACUUCUUUCCUCCUCCUCCUUAGAUACUCUGUGUUUCCCGAGGAGAGCUAUCGAGUGGUUUAUGGUUUAUGAUUUGUGGGAGUUAUUAAAUAUUGGCAUGACUAAAAAUACCUGUGUUUUUCUUACAUGCCAUUAAGAAGUCUGAAAAAUAUAAGUACUAAUUCCAGUUGCUUCAUCAAAUUAUGCAGCAUUGGGUCAGUGGAUAAAAGCAGUUUAUGAAAAUUCUAAUUACACUGACUGUAUUAUUGCUCCAAAAGAAUAAAUUUAGGAUAACCAUUUAUCAGUGCCCCUUCACUCUUGAAUCCCAAAUUGUUUGAUUUGAGAUCAUCUACAUGUGCAUCAGAAAAACAAAGAAGCAGCACUAUACACCAAUCACAUUUCUGUUGGUUGGUUGGACUGGCUGUACUUACAGCCUUACCUUUUUAAAAUAUUCCUGCAUUUACGUGUUCUAUUUCAUCUUUACUUCUUUGGGUGCUAGGAUUUACAGCAGUUGUUUUGCUUCCUCCAAGCAGCAUAUCCAUGUCAUUUCCAUAAACUUCUCUAAAAUAUUGGAUGUUGACAUCUCUUCUAUACAGGAUUCCAGUAUAUUCCUUCCAUCUUCGUUUGAUCUUCUCUAAAUUAGUUACUGCCUGCCCACUGAUGUCUUUUACGUGUAACUAUUUGGAGUCCAAACUUCCUCCUGUUUUCAGAGAUCCUUUGGAUAACUUUUCUUAUUUUUUGUGUUUGUUUCCAUCUUCAUUGUCUUUUCACGUGUAGCAAUAACACUCCUUGUCUUUUUAAACAGCUCUCUAAAAUUCUUUAUUAAGUUUCCUGAGAUUUUUAUCUUGGCUUUGCCUUCUCUUCUCUUCUCUUGGCAAGUCUCACCAUUUGUUUUGACACUGUGGGUUUUUUUCUUUUCUUUUCUUUUCUUUUUCUUUUUCUUUUUUCUUUUUUUUUCUUGGCAGUUUCUUUUCAUGUUCAGUAACUUUUUCAUUCCACAGUUCCUCUAGAUCUAUAUCAAUGAGGUUCAGGACUUCAAAGCAAUUUCUGAUAUUCUUCUUGAAAAUGAUAGGUACAUGCCCAAAAUCAUUUUUCCAAAAUCUGGCUGUCUUUAUCUUGGCUUGCAACAGUUUGUGAUUUGUUCUGUAGUCAGUCCCUAGCCACAUCUUUGCUCAGCUAAUUCACCUCCUUAUGCCAGCAAUGUAAUCAGUUUGAUUUCUUUGUGGUCUCUCCGAUUAUGUCCCUAUACAUAGGAGAGGAUUUUGUUCGUUGAAGAAUGUCUUAGCAACAAAGAAAUUACUGGACUGGCAGAAACUGCUAAAUUAUUUUUCUGUUUUCAGUUUUCUUGGCCAUAGAGUCUUUAGUUUUCCUCACUGUUGCCAACUAUGGCAUUCCAGCUUCUAACCAUAAGCAGCACAACUUUCUUGCAAGUUCUAACAGAAUAAUAGAGUUGGAAGGGACUUUCUCGUCUUCUAGUCCAAUCCUCUGCUCAAGCAGGAACUCCUUAAUAUCCUCUUCUGCAUCACUGUUUAAUAGCCAUAUUAUUAAAGGGCUGUCUAUGAAGACUAACUUUUAUUAUUCAGUCAUUGACUGCAUUAAUCCAAAUACUGUCGUUGCUUUCCUUCUUUGUUUUUCACGGCGUGGGGGAUAAACAGAUCUUCUGACUAAAAGAAUCCAAUUCCUGUCCGUUUUAACUCACUGAUGCUUAGGAUUUUAGUGUGCAAUUAGUACUCUGUGUUGAGCUUUUCCAUGUUCAUGCUUUUUACAUUCCAUAUUCUCACUGUAAUUCUGUCUGUACAACUUUGGACUUUCCUUUCCUGCAUGGCAACAACUACAACUAGAUAAUAAAGAAAUUAUGUUUGUUUGUUUUCACUAAAUCAUCCAUAUAUUUCUAGCAUCUUCCUAUAUUGCUUCUCUCUGGCAUAGAUACUUGCUUGUCUUAGCUAGGUAUCUGAGAUGACUUCUACACCUUAGAUUUUUGUUUAAAUCUCAUAUUCAAAACAUAUUUUUCUAAGUAGAUAUUCACCAUUUUUAUUCAUUAUGACAUCCCUAAAAGACCCAAACCCUUUUGUGUAUUCUUUCACCCACCAUUCAUGCUACCCAAAAAUAUAUUCUCCCACAGUUCCCCAAACUCAUCCUUGGUUCUGAGUAUUCACUGGUACACACAUUUAUGGAUUCAUGUUUUUAUAUACAUCUUCAAUAACCCAGAUGGUGCUAGAUCCUACAUGAUAGCCCUUUAAUUCAUAAUUAAAUCCAUUUUCAUCAACUCCACAAGAUCACACGGACUACUCAAAUAUACAUCAUUCCCAUUUUUCCUAAGACAUAACAAUUUUCACUCUUUUCAUUUGUUAAUUCAUGCUCUUUACAGUUUACUCCUUAAUUCCAAGUUGCAGUUCAUCCCCCUCAUAGUAUUGGACCAUCUAGGAUGCUUUAUGGUGAGAUAGAAUAAGGCUAAAUCAACUGUAUUAAUUGUGCCCAUAUCACCAUUUUCUGCUAAUGAUAAGAGUAAUACUUCUGGCAUAUUGACCAAACCAUAGAGCUUGGGUAUGUUUUGGUCAAUAUGCCAGAAGUGCAACCUGAUUCUAAGUUUACUCCAAUGCAAGGUAAAAUCUGUAAUCUAGAUACUACUGCCUUGCAAAUCAUUUAUAGGAAGUUAUAAGCCUGGAUAUGCUUUGAUUCUGUCCAUCUAAGCAUAAGGCAAGCCAUUGGUUUUUUUCCCCCAGUGUUUAUCUUCUACUGAAUGAACUUAACAUAAUUGAACACAAAAUUGGGAUGGGAAUAUGGGAAUGAUUCAGGUCCUGCAUUUAAAAACAGUGUAGUUUGAAGCAAUUAGGGCAGAUUGGUAAAUUAAACUCCUACAGAAAUCAUUGCCUAUCCAGAAAGACGUCAGACAUGGAAUUCUGAUUUUCUAGCACAAUAUGAUCCUGUUUUCUGAACCCAGUAAAUAAUGUACACAGUAAAAUCAUUUCAAUAUAAUAAUUGGGUGUCAAACUGGCAGCCUGUGGGCCGGAUGCGUCAUGUGCAGGCCACGCCCACCCCAGCUCCAUGAAGGGAAAAAACAUUGUGAUACACCACGUGACAGCAACGUGACACGUUGAGUUUGACACCCGUGAUCUAACAUAUUUAAUCAGGAGAUUAAAUAUAUAAUAUCCCUUCAAUUGAUAUUUGAAAGAUUGUUUUAAUUCUUUGUUAGAAUUUGCCAUUAGAGAUGCCAUUCUAAACAACCUGAGAAUCAAUUCAGUAAAACUGAUUUCUGAGUAAGAAUGUUGUACAAAUUGAUUUUAAUGUUAUUACAUUAAAACAGGAAUCAUCCUGGUCUUUUGAACGAGAAUAACUGCAAUCAAUAUAUUAAUUCCAAAUUAAAAUUUAUUGAAAAACAGAGACUAUUAUAAUAGGAAUACAAAUGUUCUUGUGGCUGAACAAAAUGGAGGGUUACCUAUUCAAGAAUUAAUUUUGUUCUUAAUAUGCUGUGUUGAAAUUGUGUUUGUUAGCUAAUCAUCCCAGUGGCAGCACUUACCUCAACAAAGGCUUGUCCAGUUGAGAAAUUCUACAACAAAUGAUAGAAUGAUAACAUUCCUAGGCUUCACCUGACAGCAGAGCUGUGAAUUAAUGUUUCUGACUGGCAUCCUUCUGUAUUUUAAAGGCUUUCCAGCAUUAUGAUACUAUUACUGGCAGUACUUCACCAAAAAAAAACUAGACAGCUACCUAUCCCAACAUCCAGCUGGUAGUCUUUGUGAAAGAAAUUUCUCUCCAGUCUUAUGCUGCAAUUUUCACUGCGAAACUUCAUUGUGUUUUGUUUUUGAGUUAUUUUUUUAAUUAGUUGUUUCAGUUUUUGCUAUGCUUUGGAGGAGGGGAACAAGUAAGGUAUGCAUGCAUAUCUUCUAUCUCAUUGUAUUCUUUUUUGAACCAUGAAUUCAAUACAUGGUUCUAAGACUAAGCAACUUUCAAUCCACUGGAAGAGAGAAACUAUCAAACUAUUGGAAGAAAGAAUGAUGCAUAGCUGAUCCUGAGAGAAUUUAUUCUGGGUUCAAUCUAAAUAAUUUAUUUCAGUCUAGAUUUAAUUAUUCUAUGAGUUCCAUUUCUUUUGUAAGCAUAUCACCCACAUUGGAUAGGAAUUUGUACUGUUAAAUAUAAUUCAUGUUUAAUCACCAAUUGCAUAUGGAGGAGAAAGGCACCAGUUUUUCCACGAAAUUACUGUACACUAAACCAGUAGACUUUUUAUCCUUUAGAUUGUCAUUAUUUCACAUUUAUAGUAAGAAACCUCAUCAAAGCAUUGCAUAUUUCAGUAAUAUAUACAACUGAAUGUUAUUUAUUGAUUUACAAAUUAACUGUAAAAUGGUUAGUAGCCUUUCAAAAAGAACAGGAUGGUGGGUAGAUUGUGAAUUAUUUUAUUGAAGGUUGAUUCAAUUUUCCAACUGUGGGCAUAACUAAAAAUGUUUGGUGCUUGAAUUCUUGGUUUCUUCAUGAAGUUUCACUAAGUUUUAUUUGCAGAAUUAGACGAUCAGCAAAAUAUUUAUUUUGCCUUUAUUUUUGUAUUGUAUCAGCCUUGCCUGUGCUUGCACAAAUGUUAGUAAAUACAUUUUGCUAUAUAAUGGAUCUCUCACGUUUAAUCUGGGAAAUUUUCCUUAACAAUUUGCCAAAUGGUUGUGCCUUUUAAAAAGCAAGUAAAAAUGACCACAAUAUUGAGAUGCUUAUAUUACAGGAGAGCAAAUUUAUUUUGACUCCCAAUACACUACAGUUUCAAACUUGGGUAGAAUACAGGAAACUGUGCAUAAAGCAAAAUCUCCUGUUUAAAUCUCAAUAAAACGAAUAGCGACUGGAUCUCCAUGACUGCCAUUGGUCUUUUCUGGAGUGUUCCAAAUAUACUGUGUUUAUGUAAUAUUUACUCCCCAGGUCAGCACUAAAUCUCAAGUUAAUUGAAAUAAUAAACUCUUAUCAUUUAUAAAAUAAUACUCUAGGCAAAAUGGAAGAACCAUUUUAUAAAAGAAAGAACAUUAAACAUACCUUUGAGGAAGGGUAAAAUAGUACAAUAAAGGAAAAUAAAGUAGGUAUGGAGACUACUAUGCUAGUUGAAAAUUGUCGAGACUCUUAGUGAGAAAAGCAUAAAAGAUUGGCUUCAGUUGUUCCUCAGGCAACUUGGUGAACUGGAAAUCUGUAAAUCCCAACCUAGAUUCAGUUAUUAUUUUGAAAUCAUAAACUUGGAAAAAAAAUAUAGAUAAAUAGCCAAGAAACCAUACAGGAGCUAAUGUGAUUUAGUAUCCUGUUCUAAAUUUAUAUUUGUGAAGACAGGUUUAUUUCAUUAGGGUUUAAGAGAUAUUAAAUCCACUGGGUUGUUAAACUUUACAAAUACUUAAUAUCAAAAGGCCAAAAUAUUUUAAAAUAGAGAAAUAAACCUUCUGUCGCAUAAUCUUAAGCAUUUCUUAAAAUGUGAAAGUAAGACCCACUGUUCUUGAAGACCUACUUCAAGCUAAAUUAGCAUAAAUUGCAGCAAUUAUAUGUUGUAAUCUCUAUGUUGACAGAUGGAAUUCUGAACCCGGACAUUUAUUUUGUAAAUGUCAGAGUGUUUUAUGUUUAUUAUAUUCCAGUUAAAAUAUAUCAAAAAGUAAAUCUGUUAGAAUUAUUUCUGCUUCCUUUCUGGUUUAGAAAAAUAUUAAAUGGGUGACAGUUUUGAACUGUUAGGCUUUCCCAGAUUCUGUAUUCUACUUGUUUAUGCUCAGCCUAGUUAUAGCUGUCCACUCUUUCCUGUAGUGUGUUGGGAUUCUGCUAGAAUGUUAUUAUCUAUAUACAUUAGAGAGGAUAAGUUGAUAGGGAAACAUUCAUUCAGGCAUGUGCUGAAAUGGAAGAAAAACGAACCAAUAGAAGAAAGAAUGGGAACAGUGGGAACUAUUAUUUGCAUUCAGAGUAUGAGUCUUGAGUUUAAGUUAACUUCUGAUUUAAAAGAUAAAAAUAAAAACUUAAGUGCAAUAAGUGUACUUUGAAAUUUAAAGCUGUGAAUGGUUAAAGAAAUCCACCUCAUUCCUUCCAGAUUGUUUUUUCCUUUUGUUUUCUGUGAUUAAAGUGGCAGUGAUCAAUAUUAUUUAGGGUCAUUCUCUCCCAGUUUUGGGGAAGAGUUCAUACAUUCAUGACAACCAAACUCCAACCGUAAUCCUUGCUUUUUACUUUUUUUAUAAAAUCGGUUUCUGUAUGACAGCACCUAUCGUUCCAAAUAACUGCUAUAUUGUAAAACUGGUGUUGCCUGUUGGUUGUCAAGAAUGUGCCAAACACCCAAUUUUUACAGAAUAAAAUUGAGCUUGUUGUAUUCCUAAGUAGUGUUGCUCUAUAUUUCAGUACAGAGCAUAUAUUGUGACCGAAUUACAUAGUCAUUGAGACUGAGCACUAGAGGCCCAACUACUGGACUGCAAUAGCCCUUCUAGCCUAAAUAGAGGAAGUUUGCUUUUGUAACCAGCACCUCUUGGGACUAUUAGGGACCAGUGAUGGGUAAAAAGUUUCUAAACAGCUGAAAACCAUAAAUUCCCCAAUUUUCUGUUGUGUCUGGAAUACAAAAUGGCUUAUCUUUAUCUUCUUUACACUAUUUUCCUAAAAGAAUUUAUAUAAAAACUGUUAAGUGCUUGAUUAUAUGGAUUGACCUUUUCCCCUUUUCAGCUAUGCUGCUUGUCUUCAGUUAGGUAUGGGAAUUGCACUAACUGGAUAUUCUCUCCACUGCAUUGGAGAAUUUCAUUCGAAUGACUUCUUACCACAUGCACUAAGUGUUUUUCUCUCUGCGUUAAUCAUCACUUCAGGGAUUUGUAGUCAUGGGAAACAGUAGAGUUGUUCAUGAUUAGGACUCUGUUGUAUUGCUAGGAAAUGUCUAUACAGGAGCGUGGAGAUGUUAUAGAUACUAAGUUCUUUCCAUAGGCUUUCCCUUAACCUUUAAAGUGAUGAGCAGAGAACCUUUAUGUAGAAUUUGUCCAGCUUAAAUACUGUAAAGUUAGAUCCUAUGGAAGUGACUGCAAAGAUCAACCAAAAAAAUUGCUGAACAAGGUUAUUCUAACAUGUUACUGAAAAGGAGAAAUGUGUUUACCUAAUUAGUGCAGUGAACAUGUAUCUCAACAUUGUAUUCCUUCAAGAUUUUUUUCCCCCCACAAAUGUUUCAUCCUCCAAAACUCUACAAUUUUGACUCUUUUCCUCUUUUAAGAGACAAUAUUGUUUUUUUAAAGUAACAGUUAAAAAUAUUUAUCAGGACUGCACUUAUAAUUCACAGGGAAAUAUAUUUUCAGCUUUGUUUUAUUGAUCACUGCAGCGUUUUCCCAUCACCCAGCCUUUCCUUUUCUCCAGUUGUUGACUGUAAAAGCUUAUACAGAUUUUAGUUGUUAAAAUCCUCUAACGUAAAUUCCUUUCAUUUGUAUUUUGAGCUUUUUUCUCUCAUGUAAAUUUGUACAGUGGGAAAUAUUGUCCAGUUUGGUUUAGCGAGCAUGGAGACAUACAAUUUAAAAUUUAAAAAAAUGACAGCUGAAAAUUAAGACUGAAGAACUAUUUGUGUAAAGUUAUUUAAAGAACUCUGUAUUAUAUAAAAGGUUAAAAGUUAUAUGUAUUUGAUGUGAAUACUGCUAUAAUAAAGAUUGACUGCAUGGAGAACACUU